CCACGACGAUGGCACAGAACAACGUGGGCAAGGUGCUCGUCGGCUCCUUCGUCGGGAUCACCGCGGCGACCAUCGGAUAUCUGCACGUGUACCUCCCGAACUUCACGGAGCUGGGCCAGCAAGUGCAUGACCGAGCGGCAUCCACCCAAGCAAGCGGUGCGUCGCCAGUCGCCGGCUCGAUGUGGAAGAAUUUGAAUCGACAAGCUGGAAAACCCGCAAGCAGCAGUCCGGAAGGGUCAUUGUCCAACGAAUAGCAUGUGUUUACACUGAGAGACACUGGUCUACUUUGUCGUGCAUCCACGGCGAAUGCCCGUCAAGAAGCCAUCGGAACGCAUGUG